AGUUUUCCUUUCUUUCUCUCUCUCUCCUUCUUCUUGUGGGUUGGGUCUUUUGGUGGUGGGAUGCUUGUCACCUACUCCUUCUAGUUCCACUCUUCCUUGUUCUCCUCCCCUCCUCUCUCUCUCUCUCUCCCUCUCUCUCUCUCCCACAGAAAAAUAAUGGAAAACUAGAAGCUUUACACUUGCAUCAGCUUCUCCAUCUCUCCAAACUUUGUGAUAUUUUUUCUUCUAAGUUUCUCGGUGGUCUUCUGCUUCUGUUGCUAUGGAGAAGCACGCUUGCAAGCUCUGCUUCCGCCGCUUCGCCAACGGCCGAGCGCUGGGCGGUCACAUGCGGUCCCACGUGACUUUGGCCACUCCAGCGGCCAAAGCCCAGCUAUUCCACGACUCCUCCGCCUCAUCCACCUCCGCCUUCUCCCGGGAAGCGCCGGCGGCCGCGGCGGAGGAAGUAGAAGAGCGGGGAGGCGACGUGGAGGGGAAGGGGAUUGGGCUCUGCUAUGGCCUUAGAGAGAAUCCAAGGAAGAGCUUCCGGCUAGUGGAUCCGGAAUUCUCCUGGUCCCUCGCAGCCGUGGAGGCCGGCUCCUCCUCCAUCGUCCAGGAUCGGGAGAGCGAGACCGAGUCCUCCCAUCUCAUCCCCACCUCGCCAUCUCAUCCCCGCCGCUCUAAGCGCCCACGCCGAGCCCCUCCACCACCCCCGCCGGAGCACCCCGAGCCGGAACCGGUGAGCUCCGUCUCCGACACCACCCCCGAGGAGGACGUCGCCCUCUCCCUCAUGAUGCUCUCCCGCGACAUCUGGACCAAGACCAAGACCGAAGCAGAGGACGAGGACGAGGAGCAGCGAUCGAACGGCUGGGAUGAAGAGGAUGACGCGGAGGAGGAGGAGGAGGAGGGACAGAUCGUCGCCGGCAGAUCGCGGCCGCUGCCGCCGCCGGCCGGUGCGGCGAGGGGGAGGAGCAAGUACCAGUGCGGCACGUGCAAGAAGGUGUUCCGGUCGUACCAGGCGCUGGGGGGCCACCGGGCGAGCCACAAGAAGAGCAGGGGAGGAUGCAUCCCGGCCGUCCAGGCCCAGAUCCACGACGCAGAGUCCUCCGAGGGCAAUGCCGAUCGGGGGCCCAGCAAGGUCCACGAGUGCCCCUUCUGCUUCCGCGUCUUCAGCUCCGGCCAGGCCCUCGGCGGCCACAAGCGCUCCCACCUCGUCUCCUCCGCCGCCGCCACCACCACCAUUUCCAUCUCCUCGCCGGCGCCGCUCCCCCCAUCUCCGUCCUUUCCUCGCAUCAUCGCCAAGUGCGGCGGGAACUUCAGCUUCAUCGAUCUCAACCUCCCCGCUCCAAUAGAGGACGACGUCGAGCUCUCCGCCGUCUCUGAUGCCGAGUUCAUUAUUGCAAACCGUACGUCAAACUGAGAGUUGCUUCUCUCUUCCUCUUCUUCUACACUCCCCAAUUCCAUCACUCCGAACUCCAGAGCAAGAUGACGAAGUACAGAAUCCGGUUGGAUCGUGAGCAGGUUCGAAGUUUCGAGGUAGGAACUAUAAAAACAAACUAAACCAACCUAGAAAAAAAUCAGGACGCAGUUUAAUAUUUUCAGCAUUGAAUUUGACAAGUCUGGUGAUUUGCUGCUUUCUUUGUAUAUCUAUCUAUCGCUCCUCCUUUGCUUCUUCUGACAUUAAAUCUCCAUUUUUAUGGCUUUGGUGUUGGAGAAUUUAUUCUUGGUUUUCAAGUUACCGCAGCUGCUUACUGUAACAGCUGAUCGAUCAGUAGCUUGGGUGUAUGGAAAUUGAGAAACUCCACUUUAAUUUAACUAUUCCUUUGUCCAUUUUAGCUUAUUAUUACGACUGCCCAGCGGCCGCUUAUUCCAGCCUGACUGUGUCC